CUGCUGCCGGCACCCCACCCCGUACCCAGCCGGCCUCCUGGAGGGUGAGGCCCGCCGGCUGAGGCCUCCUCCCUUCCCGCCAGCUGGACGGCUUCGAGGCAGUGCGCCCGGAGAGAGCUGGAAGGGACUGAGGCCCUAAGGCCCCUCCGCUGAGCCAACCUUGCCAUGGAGGAUGCUGGCAAGGACGCCACCAGAUUCACUGCCCAUUCUCUGCCCAGUGACCCCCGGCUCUUGGCCACCGUGACCAAUGCCUACUUGGGCACACGCGUGUAUCAUGAGACACUGCAUGUGAGCGGAGUGUACAAUGGGGCUUGGGGGGAUACGCACCGGGCCAUUCUGCCCAGUCCCCUCAAUGUCCAGCUGGAGGCCCCUGCAGGAUCAGGAGAGCAGCUGACCAAGACCUUUGUCCUGGACACUAACACAGGCUCCUUUCUGCACACCCUGGAGGGCCCCAGCUUCCGGGCCUCCCAGCGCAUCUAUGCCCACCGCACGCUGCCUCACGUCCUGGCCUUCAGUGUGUCCAUCACCCGCUUGGCCACAGGGAGCUGGCCCAUCACCGUGCUGCUGCAGUCAACCUUCUCCCCAGAAAGCCCGGACCUGGACCUGCAUCUGGGUCCUGACUUCCAGGGAGCCCGGUACCUGUACGGCCACACACUCACCCCCGAGCAGCCUGGGGGGGCACAGCAGGAGGUGCACAUGCUGUGGACGCCGGUGCCCCCAGCCUUGACCCUUGGGGAAGGGGAGGAGGAUGGGACGUGGGAGUUCCUGACAGUGGUGGGUGGCAGCCAGGCCGAAGCCCAGGCCUGCCUCGCCGAUGCCCUGCAGCUGCAGGCCAGGCGCACUCUCUACAUGGCCCAUGCACAGGCCUGGGCCCAGCUCUGGGCAGGCUGUGGCCUGGAUGUGGAGGGGCCCCUGCGUCUGCGCCAGGCCCUGCGUGGAGCUCUCUACUACCUGCUCAGUGCCCUGCCCCAGCCCGGGGCCCCAGGAUACGUCUGCCACGGCCUCAGCCCAGGCGGCCUCUCCAACGGGAGCCGUGAGGAAUGCUACUGGGGCCACGUCUUCUGGGACCAGGACCUCUGGAUGUUCCCCAGUAUCCUGAUGUUCCACCCGGAGGCCGCCAGGGCUCUCCUGCAGUACCGCAUCCGGACGCUCGGUGGAGCCCUGUACAACGCCCAGAACCUAGGCUACCAGGGAGCCAAGUUUGCCUGGGAGAGCGCGGGCUCCGGCCUGGAGGUCUGCCCUGAGGCCAUUUAUGGGACCCAGGAGAUCCACAUCAACGGGGCCGUGGUGCUGGCCUUCCGGCUGUACUACCACACCACCCAGGACUUGCAGCUGUUCCGAGAGGCUGGGGGCUGGGAUGUGGUCAGUGCCGUGGCUGAGUUUUGGUGCAGCCGCGUAGAGUGGAGCCCCGGGGAGGAGAAGUUCCACCUGAAGGGAGUCAUGCCCCCUGACGAAUACCAUUCAGGGGUCGACAACUCCGUGUACACCAAUGUCCUGGUCCAGAACAGCCUGCGCUUUGCUGCUGCCCUGGCCCAGGACCUGGGUCAGCCCGUCCCCAACCAGUGGCUGGUGGUGGCUGAUAAGAUCAAGGUGCCCUUUGACCCGAAACUGAACUUCCACCCUGAGUUUGAUGGGUACCAGCCUGGAGAGGAGGUGAAGCAGGCAGAUGUUGUGCUCCUGGGGUACCCCAUCCCCUUCCCCCUGAGUCCUCAAGUUCGCAGGCAAAACCUGGAGAUGUAUGAGGCUGUGACGUCCCCCCAGGGCCCUGCCAUGACCUGGAGCAUGUUUGCAGUGGGCUGGAUGGAGCUGAAGGACCCCGGGCGGGCAUGGGACCUCCUGCAGAGGAGCUUCGCCCACGUCACGGAGCCCUUCAAGGUGUGGACGGAGAAUGCAGACAGGUCGGGUGCCGUGAACUUCCUGACAGGCAUGGGGGGCUUCCUGCAGGCGGUGCUCUUUGGGGUCACGGGAUUCAGGAUCACUGAGGCCGGUUUGACCUUCGACCCCAUGUGUCCAGCGGGGAUCUCCAGAGUGUGCGUUUCUGGCAUCUCCUACCAGGGGAGCAAGCUUGACUUUUCCUUCUCUGAAGGGUCUGUGACAGUUGAGGUCACUGCCCGAGCAGGGCCCUGGGCCCCCCCGCUGGAGGCUGAGCUGUGGCCAUCACAGAAUCGGCUCCCCCUGUCCCCAGGACACAAGGUCUCCUUUCCCUGCUCAGCUGGCCGGAUACAGAGGUCACACCUGUAGGAAGCAGGGGCAGCAAGUUCUCCCCAAGAGUUUCCUGGGAAGAUUGUUUGAAGACAUUAAGCAUCUGCGCAGAGCCCACAGGACCCCCUCUGGGACACCCUUGGGCCCUCCAGCCCCACCGAGUCGCCCCCGCCCCCCGCCCAGUCCUGCCCCCUCCCCCAAAACGACCAGGGCUAUUGGCUUCAGGGAUGUCUCUCAGGCCUCCCCCCGGCCACUCCCUCUGCGGGUGCCCCUGCUGGCUGCACCCACCCCUCCUCAACGCCCUCCCAGCCUGCCGCCCCCUCCCACCCUCCUCCACACGGCAACCAGGCUCACGGGUUCCAAGGAAAGUCUGGACUCUUUGGCCCAAGUUCAAGACUCUGCCUCUAGCCUGAGACCCUCCCCAGCCUAACCCCCCAUAGAUGGUCAGCUUUCUUGCAGCCUCACACAGCAUGUCUGUUCCCGCCCUCCCUCAGUGCCCCUUCCCUAGGACCCCACAGGGUGAGGUGGGAGAAGGGCCAGCGGUUCUGCGAAGACAGAGGCAGAUGCCAGCCUUGAUGGGGAGCACGGCAGGAUGAGGGGCGUGGGGGAGACUCAGUCUCCUGUGGGAUUACUUGGGACACCGCAUCGCAGCUUCACAAAGGACCCUUCUGUGUCACACGAGGGAGCAUCAGGUAUGGCUGGGUCCAGGUGCUCCUGGGCUGUUGUGAGCACUCGGCAUCCUCAGUCCUUGGGUCCUCUUGCCUCUGGGCCACUUCAGUCAAGUCGGAUGGUCUCUGUCACAUGCCUUUCCUCAGCCAGGAAGGCAGGGGAGUGGGGUGUGGAGCAAGACCCUGCAUUUCCUCUGACCAGCCAGAAGGACUGGGGCCGGGUGUGCGUGAGUUCCAGGCCAUGGCCCUGGGCCCACCUGUCCUGGGCAGGCUGCCCUCAGCCGAGGCUCUGCCCACUGUCUCUUCCUGGGCUUCAGCCCCUCAGUUGGUACAGCAGACUUGGGUUUCCCCAGGGUGAGGCGAGAUGGUGUCUGCCAUGGAAAUCCUGGCGAGGGCCGAGCCUGCUGCAGCAGAUCUGCCUGAGGAAUGGGCAAGCUUUGUCUGCUGUGAGGAGCUGGCGAGCUCCCUGCUGAACGUGAGGGUUUCGUAAAGGAUCAAGUUUCCCUUCCACGCGGCUGGGAAGCACAGUCACUUGCUCGCUAGAGCAAGUAAGCGAGUCCCGUCAACACCUGCGCCCCUCCUUCAUCUGCAGACCGUGCUCUCUGUUCUCAGUGGAGAGUUAGCCCGAGUUCUCCAAGAAGCAGACACCAGGCAGACAAACUGUGAUGGACUGAAGCCCCAUGAGGGAGAGAGGGAAGGGGGUGGCUGCAGGGAGUGUGGCCGAGCUGCAGACCAGCUCCCUGAGGGCCUGUGGCCUCAGAAUGGAUCCCGCGACUUGGUGGGGCUCCCCCAGGGGCCCACAGGCUCUCGCUCAACCGGUGGCAGUGCUGCAAAGGCCCAGGCAGGUCUGCUGAAGCACAGCAUGGUGGCCAGGGACUGUCCCCAUGAAGCAGACAUUUGCCUUUGCAGCCCUGGAGCCAGAUGUGGGCACAGGCAUCAGCUGGGGGUGGUAGGUGGCCCUUCACCCACAGGACUGACGUAGCUUGAUACGUGCCCGUGUGUGCCGUGUGUGUGUGUGCGCGUGCACGCACACCUACCUGUGCCUGUGGAGGGGCAACCCUCCAAGGGGCCGUGACGGUGGCAGCGUGUGUGCUGGCCUGGCUGGUCCGGCCCAUGACAGCCAAUUGCCUGAACCUGACCAGGGUCCUUCAACCUGCCCAGGACACAGGCUGGAAGGGUUUCUGGUGACCUUCUGUGCCUGGCUUGACCGCGUAUUCUUUGUCCUCAGCAACUGGGCAAGGGCUGGACAAUGUCUGCUCCCCUCACCAAAUGUGGAGACCAGAAGACCAUCCCCUGCUUGGAGACAUGUACCCGGCUACACACAGGCUGACCCCUGCUCCCAGCCUCUGUGUCCAGCAUGGGUUGGUCCCUUCCUGGGCCAAACCUGGAGCUCAGUGUUGGAACGCCGUCUCCAUCCUAGUCCGAGCGCUGGCCUUGUCCUUAGUCCAAUGUAGGGCCAGUGCCCAGGAAGGGGCACUGCUCCAUCUCCACCCCAGGCCCCGGCCAGCACAACCUCUGCCUCAGGGGCUGGCUCAGAGCAGCGCACACUCAGCAGGGGGCUGGGGUACUGCCAGCCUGCGGCCGGGACUCAUCUCUGCUGGCACGCUUUAGAGACAGCUGGACCAACUGUUGGCCGUCACAAGAGGGGGGCUACUCUGGGGGCUCCAAGUACAGGAACUAGACAGAGACCCACGCCCCCAGCCCAGGCAGGGUGGGCAGGCAAAGGGAGGGAAGGGACCAUGGGUGGGGUAUUCAGAGCCCUGAGCCACCCUGUGGUUAAGGCCCCUGCAAUUAGCCUGCCCUGUCAUUGGCCCGGCCACAGCAAGGCCCAGGGGCCUCACCCCCAGCCACACAGGGUGUGCGUGUGUCUUUGGCAGCCCCCACUCUGCCAGGCUCUGCUGGGGCUGCCGGGGGGUUACAUAAGGGAGGUAACUGAUGCGAGGACGUGCACCCGCACAGAGGCACUGGGAAAACGCCCUCACCCCCCACGCCUCCCUUUCUGUACAAUCGUGCGUGUGCAGAAGGUGCUCCUGUGCACCUGUGCGUGAUGGACGUGUGCACGGGUGACGGCGUGACCAUGUCUGUGUGCCUGUGUGUCUGUGUCCAGCCCCACUGAUCCAGGAAGGAGGGAACCCACUGCCGGGACAGAUCAGAAUUAAAGGGACGCAGGGUCACAAGGACAGAGUGACCCAAAGAAGUAGGUCAACACAGGCCCAGCCCCAGACAGGAACGUGCACGACAAGGACAAGUCUCACUGGUCAGGGACUCCCCUUAGCACGUGUGCACACACGCUGACUCGGGGAUGGGCAGGCACGUGGACGCAGAGACACAGCACACACAUUCUGAAAGACAGGCCGCUAAACCACAGAGCGGCAGAGAUCAAAGCCCGACUUCUCUAACUUCAUUCUAAAAUACUCAGGCACCUCCACCCAGAAGCCGCAGGCCGCCCAGUGCCUGAGCAAAGGGGACAGUCGGGGCACCAAGCCGACAGGGCAGGGCGUCCACCAUGGACGCUGGGGGCAGUCCAGGGGGAUUUGGCUGCAGUGGUCCCUAGGGUAGCUCCCCUCAGGAAGAUACCCUCCCCCACCCCAGCCAGGAACAGUCCUGGAAGGCACUUUCUGGAGCCAGGCGCUUUUAAUUGUGAAACUGAGGCUGAGCCUGGCGGCUGGGGAGGGAGGAGCUGGCCUGGGGGCGGGGGUGGGGGGUGGGGUUAGGGGACUGGGGGCAUCGAUCGAGGUGAGGGUAAGGCCCUGGGGUCCCUGUGGAGGAUCUUCAGGGUCAGUGUUAGGUGCCCAGGCUGGGGCUGGAGGGUGGGCCUCAGGCCCGUAGGCAAGUCAGGGUUCCAGGCGAUUAGGAUGGAGCCCCUGGGGUUGGGGUCCCUGGAUCAGGGCGGUGACAGGGCCCAGCCUGUCAGUCAUAGUCUGAGUCGUCGAACUUGGUGCUGAAGAAGGCGGCGGAGCCCUGGGCCAGCCGGGACAGGUGCAGGGCGCCGGUCACCACCAGCACCAGCAGCAGUAGAGGCGGCACCAGAGCCCACACCGUGGCCAGGAUGUUGUAGCACUUGGCUUUGGAGCCGAGCCGCCGGGCUGCUUCCAGAUCUCCAGUCACCUUCUGGUCUCGGGCCUGCGGGCCAACAGCAGGGCCAGCUCUCUACACCUGCCUGGGGCCUGGGUGGGGCCUGCCACCCAGUCCCAGGCAGCCGCUGGGUCCACACCUUGGAGGACCCGAGCUGGACCCAAAAUCUAGAUGGAGGGGUGUGGCCUGAGAGGAUAUUGCCCGGGCUCCACCCACUCCCUUCACUGUCCCCAGCUGGGCACAUGGGCUUGGCCCGCCCAGGGGGCCUUGGGUCAUCAGGGGCUCAGCCUAAAGUGGGGCUGAAAGGAGACCCUGCAUCUUCCCACUCCAGCUAUGGACCCAGUGGCCCUCCCAGGCCAGCAUCAGCCUCCAAGGACCUCCGAGGGUAGGGAGUUCUCAGAGGUGCUGAGAGCGUUUGAUGGAAGAGACGCCCUUGGAUAAGGCCCCAUCGACCCUGGGCUCUUCGGGACAAACUAGACCCCCCAUUUCGGUUUUAUGAACAGCACCCCAGCCUCAGUGGAGAAGCCCUCAUGAGGGAGGGGCUCCCACCACCGUCAGGCUGACGGAUGGCCCCGUGGAUACUCCUGCACCCCAACUUGAUAAGCAGCCCCCGUGAGAUGCUCUUGGGCCCCCUCGAAGCGCCCCAAGGCCCACCUUGAUGGAGUAGGCCAGCGCCAGGAAGCCGAGGCAGCACAGGUUCAGGUAGAGGGUGCUGAACACCGACCAGAUCAAGUGGUCUCGAGGUGGGGGUAGCGGCGCCCCCAGCGUGAGGGCCGUGUGGGCGGUGCCGUCGGCCUUGUUGGGCGUCGGGGCCCGGGGGUCCUCGCGGGGGUACGACGUGUCCAUGGGUUCCAGCGCCGUCUCCUCGCUCGGACUCCUGCUUCGAGGGUGGGCGCCCCGGCCGCUUAUAGUCCCCGCCGCCGCCCGGCUGACCGGCCCGCCGCUAAAUUUAACGACAAAUGACAGCCCGGGGCUGAGCGGUCGCCCCGCCCGCCCCGCCGCCCGCCGCCCCGCCUGCGCGAGCCCACCCCCCAACCCCCGCAGAGUCCCCCUCCCCCCCAGAAAGCCCCGCUCCCCGCGGAGAAACACUGACCCCGUAGAGGCUGGGGGCCGGUGCGGGGCCACCAGAGCCCCUCCUGUCCGGGUAGUCCAGCCUAGGGAGCCCCCUGCAAGGCUGCUGGUGGGGCCAUGCGGUGGCUGCGGUCUGCCCCUCAGAGCCCCCGCCCCCGCCGACGAAAGGAGGCGGACGCACCAGCUCAGGGCCAUGGUGGGUGGGCCGCUGCCUCGGCUUGAGGGCAGGGCUAGGCGGGGCUCCUCAGGACCAGGGCUGCUGAAACCACAGCCCCUCUGUCCCCAGAACUGCCCGCAUCACCUGGUCAUCAGUGCCCACCCUGCCGGGUGGAAAAGAACAGUGCUCAGGAGAGAACAGCGGGGAAGAGGGAGAGCGGGGGUGGGGGGGGUGGCCUGUUGGGGGACCAGCUGUGACCUGGACUGUUACUGUGCGGGCGCUACAGUGAGCUCUCCAGGGCCUGCUCUGGGGACUGCCCUCCUCCCUCCCAAGCUGUCAGCUGCUUCUCAGGCUCCUUUGCUGGUUGCUUCUCCUGAAUCCAGAGCUAGGGGGCUGGGAGGGCGGGGCUGAGCUUGUGUCCGCACCCCGGUCUCAUCUCCCUCCAGAGGGCCCAGCAGCCUGUUGGCUAAAAUGCCAUCUAUGUGCCCGUCAAUCACAUUUAUGUCAAAGGGCCAGAUUGCCGUGCUCCGCGGAGGAGGGCUCCCAGGGUCUCCAGCCUAGCUCCUCAAUAGGAAACCUCAGGCUCUCCCAAACCUUCUGUCUGAGCUGGGACUCCCAUAGCAAAGUACCCGGACUAGCGGCUCACAAAUAAUAGAAAUUUAUGUCUCACAUUUCUGGAGCCUGAAGGUCUGAGAUCAGGGUGCCAGCGUGGAUGGGUGCUGGUGAGACCCGCUUCCUGGUUGCAGAGGGCCGACUUCUCAGGGCUCCUCACUGGUGGAAGGAGCUGCGAAGCUCUGUGGGGUCCCUUUUAUAAGAGCACUGACCCUACCAUGAGGGGUCCACCCUCAUGACCUAACCACCUCCUAAUACCGUCACUUUAGAAUUUCAGUGGGGGAGGGGGACACAAGUGUUCAGUCCACUGCACCCUCUGCCCGGUCUCUGCGGGCACAGCUGGUGGCCGCUCCACCCGUCCAACUGCUCAGGACAAAAGCAUUGGCUUACGCCUGCACCUUCUGCCGCUCACACCGGAUCCAUUUGGUCCCACCUUCCAGAAUGUGCAGAAUCUCACCCCCACUGUGACCUCUGAGACCAAGCCACUCUCACCUUCUCCUGGGUUAGCGGGCCCCCCUCCUCGGCGUUCUCACUACUCCAGCCAGAGUGAUCCUGUUACAACAGAAAACAAGUUGUGCCCCCUGCGCCCCCCAAGGGCCCCCACCUCACUCCAGAUCCAGAGUCACUGCAGUGGCUCACAGGCCCUGCAGGGUUACUCCAGGCCACGCUCCUGGACUCUGAGAAGGACAUUGAAUAGGGAGGCUCUUUGUGUCCAACCCUGAAGAAGGGAGGAAAAGAACAGGAUGGGGUGGCAGUAGAAGCUGAGCUGCAGUAAGGCCCAGCAAAGGCCUGAGCUGAGCCCGCAGGAGCUCUGGAGCUUGGAGGACAUUUGAGACGUGUCCAAAGCAGGGCGACAUUCUGCUCACCGCCAGCCACCAGCUCUGCUAGGCCCAGUGGGCCGCGGUGUGAUGCGGCCCCUUCUCCAAGAGACCUAGGCCUUGGCCACCGUGACCGCCUUGGGGCAAGAGUGCUGCACUUGGCCAUUUACCAUAACACUGGGCAAGAGGGGGCCCAGUGUGGAGCAUCCCUCCCUCCUCCUGCAGACCAGAGUCAAGUGGCCCUGCCUGUGACCCAGGCGUGGGAAACAAAGGGGCAUCCAGAGAUCGUAGGUCAACGGCACCUUUUUGUGUCGCCUGAAGGAAGCUUUGGGAGACAGAACUUCUGAACCCACAAAGCCCAGAGCAGCAGGGCUGGAGAACGUGAAGGCACCAGUGGUCCAGGAAGUGAAGAGGCAGAGCUGCCCGGUCCUGCCCUGGGGCCCUGGGCCCAUGUACUCUACCCACAGCCACACGGCACCUCCUAACGGCCUUUGACCUGAGGGCUAACUGCGGCCAGGAGGGGUGCCCACCCUCUGCUUGGUGCAGUGGGGUGGUAAGGUGUGGGACGUGACUGGCAGACCUGAGCCUGUGUUCCCAUCCCUGGGGAUGACAUAUGACGUGGACUCCUGUGCAGGGUCGGUGCUCCGAGUUCCUGAGGGCUACACGCUGCCCCUCUGGGGACAAGGGUCCAAUGAAAGUAACUCGCUUGCAGCUCUGCCCCUCACCCCGGUGUUCAGGCCACUCCUGAUUGGGCUGGAGUGCAGGACCAAUCCUGUGGCCAGCCGUCUCCCUCACACUAAGCUGACCAAUGGAGAACCGGGCUGGGAAUUCUUCCUUCCCCAUCAUCUGGUCCCAGACGGAUCCCCCUGUAGCCCCAGAUGUGAGCAGAGAGACAGGCCUUGGGAAGCAGUGGUGGAUGACACAGGGUCAGGACAACCUGCUUGUUUGACCUGGAAUGGUGCACGUCCAGCCUCGAAAGCAUUGCUGCUGGACUAAACUGUCAACUGAAAGACAAACACACAAUGCAAGAACUGUGAGGUAAGUUUUAUUAACAGUGUUACUGAGGACUAUAGCCUGGGAAGCAGCCUCUUGGUGCCUCUGAGAAACUGUAACAGGAAGAACAGACCUGGCACCACCUCCCCCAACACCCAUUCUUCGGCCUAUGUAGUCCAUCACUUUCGUCCCCACACGCCAGGAGUUAAACAGUAGAGAAAUGUUGUUUGUUCCCAAAUAGCCCAUUAAGUUCCCUGAAGAACGUUCCCAUCCCACGGUCCUGGGUUACUUAUGGCCAUUACUUGUUGUAGAUAAGUUUGCUUUCAGCCUGGAAACCUUGCAAAUAAGCAGAGAUAAGACUGUAAAGUAAAAAUAACUGCUAAGGACUUGAGGAUUUGCAGGCGCCUUGUGAUCCAGCCUGCGUGAGCAAGCAGAAGAACGAAGCAAUGCUGCGCUUCCUUGAAGGCCAGGUGGCUCUGAGAAGUCUGCAAUCUGCCUUCACCCUCUAAUCUCAGAUGGUUCUUUAGGAACCAUCUUCUUGGUUUGCUGGCCUCUGAUUAAAGUCACUACUUCUUCCCCA